GGAAAUUAUCCCAAGAGGCCUGAGGAUUUCCAAGUUUCCAUCUUUUGGAAAAGAUAAACCUGACUUUAAACAGAAGUGGGAGAAAAUAUUAAACAAAUGUUCUCUGGACUUAAUGUUACUGCUCAUUGAAGAGGCAAAGAUGCAGAGAGAAGAGUUAAAUACACAGAUUGAAGAAGCAAAACAAAAGCUUACACAAAUAACCCCAGAUUAUAGAGAGCAGGCAGAAGCAAUGGAGAGGAAAAUUCAAGAGGAUAUAGAUAAACUCUCCAAAACCCUGGCCCAGUCUAAACUGGAAAAAAUAAGGCGAGAUCAACAGGACUAUGAGGGAGGAACAGUCUACUCCUGGCCAAAUCCGACCACCCGUUUCCCACAGCGCACCAGGCAGAAGCGCUCUGUGUCAUUCAGCCUCCCGAGCAGCACCACAGCUAGUGAAGAUGAGGAAACCGCAUCUGGAACUUCGUCUUUUUUGGGGAAUGGAACAGACACAGGCCCAACUCGAACAUCACACUCCAAAAGAAAAGGAAAACGAGACGGGGGAGGCCAAGGAGAAAACCAAGACCUGGAUUACCUGCGGCCACAGGGAUGGAAAGGAAUGCACCGGAAUCAAACACCCAGGAGACGGUGAUAAACAUUUCAGGAGAGAAGCGGGCAAUCCAGUGGCUGAGAAAUAAUGAAGAUCUUGUUAUCCGAGUUGCUGACAAAGGAGGAGCGACCGUUGUUUGGGGUAAGGAGCAGUAUAUUCAUGAAGCCCUCAGACAGCUCAGUGACCAACACUAUUAUGCCCCCCUUCAAUCCAAUCCCAUCACCUCAAUUACUAAUGAACUGAAGAAUAUGUUAGAUGAUGCUUUGAAAAGUAACUGGAUAACCACCAAUGAACUGAAUUUCCUUCUCCCGAAGGAGCCUCGACUUGCCACAUUUUAUUUGUUGCCUAAGAUACACAAGUGUCUCAACACACCACCAGGCAGGCCUAUCAUAAGUGGCAUUGAUAGCAUUACUGAACCAGUGUCUAAGUAUAUUGACUUCUUCAUUAAGCCUUUAACCAGCUCUCUUAAGGCAUACCUUCAGGACACUACCGAUGUAUUGAAAAAACUGGAGGAAAUUAGAAAAGUGGACAAUGCUUUUUUGGUAACCAUGGAUGUUGAGGCUCUGUAUACCAACAUUGCACAUGAGGAGGGCUUAGAAGCCCUACGAUACUUUCUUCAACAAAGGCCAAACACUAACUCCCCGCCUACAGAUUUCUUAGUGGACCUAACAAACUGGACUUUAAGAAAUAACAUCUUUCUCUUCCAGGACAAGCUUUACCGGCAAAUCAAAGGCACUGCAAUGGGCGCGGCCUAUGCACCCAAUUAUGCUGGACUGUAUUUGGGUCUGUGGGAAGAGAGGUAUAUAUACAGCCAUACAAAUCCCUUCAAACAUCGAAUAAAAUACUAUGGGAGAUACAUUGACGACCUUUGUUUUCUCUUUUCUGGGCCUGAAGAUGAACUUGUUGCAUUCCACCAGUACCUAAACUCCACAAACCCCAACAUCAGACUCAGCCUGGAAUACAGUGCCACAAAAAUUAACUUUCUUGAUUUGACAAUCAGCAUUGACACAGAGGGUCAGGACUUCUUCCUCAAACAUAAGGAAUCUCUUGAGGAGCGGAAGCCUAGGCCCAGUUCUCUAGGCGCUGGAGAAGUGCAAAUUCCUGAACUCGGCAGAUAG